UUCUGCGCGCGCUGCCGCCACGAUGAACUCCACGAUGAGCGAGGAGCCYGACGCCCUCUCCGUCGUCAACCAGCUCCGCGACCUGGCGGCCGACCCGCUCAACAGACGGGCCAUCGUUCAGGAUCAGGGCUGCCUGCCCGGCCUCAUCCUCUUCUUGGACCAUCCUAACCCGCCGGUUGUCCAUUCAGCUUUGCUGGCCCUGCGCUACUUGGCAGAGUGCCGCGCCAACAGAGAGAAGAUGAAAAGCGAACUGGGUAUGAUGCUCAGCUUACAGAAUGUAAUGCAAAAGACUACUACACCAGGCGAGACCAAGCUUCUGGCUUCGGAGGUCUACGACAUCCUGCAGUCUUCCAGCCUGUCAGACAUGGACAAUAUGAACGAGAUGAACUAUCGCCGCCGGAAAGCGCAGUUUUUCCUGGGCAGCACAAAUAAACGGGCCAAGACGGUGGUUUUACACAUAGAUGGCCUUGAUGAUUCGUCUCGAAGGAAUCUUUGUGAAGAGGCCUUGUUGAAAAUUAAAGGUGUUAUUAGUUUUACUUUUCAAAUGGCUGUUCAAAGAUGCGUGGUCCGAAUUCGCUCCGACUUGAAAGCAGAGGCUUUGGCAACAGCAAUAGCGUCGACCAAGGUCAUGAAGGCACAGCAAGUUGUGAAAAGCGAAAGCGGAGAGGAGAUGCUGGUUCCGUUCCAAGACACGCCGGUCGAAGUAGAGCAGAAUACAGAUCUACCUGAGUAUUUACCAGAGGAUGAAAGCCCCAGCAAGGAGCAGGAUAAAGCCGUGUCUCGUGUUGGGUCGCACCCCGAGGGUGCUGCGAGCUGGCUCAGCACAGCAGCAAACUUUUUAUCCCGAUCUUUCUACUGGUGACUUGUGUUUGGUGUUAAAAGACUGUGUGAACCAACAGGGGGGCCAGUUUUCCAUCGGUGUGGUGAACUGCCAAGUGCAAUUUGCAAUAAGUUACCCCAGCAUUUUAGGUUACGCAAAUGUAUGCUGCAUUUUACAUUUUAUUGGACAUUUACCCUGAUAGGGCAGGGSUCAAAGAACAGAGGCCUCCAAUCAAGUUGUCCUUUCAUCUGUUUUUCAUGUCGAUUUUUAUUGCUUCACUUUUUAAAAAUGGGUCCACUGUUGUAUACCAAACAUUUACACGUCCAGAGCUUUAAGUUUGACUUCACAUGAAACACAUGGUAGGGAAGAUGCAUUCAACUCAACUCUCAGGGCCUCUGUGAAAGAAAAUUCUUAAUAGCUCUAGUUGUGCAUUACUCAAAAUGCCUUUUUUUAUUUCUACAUC